GCAUAGCAACAAACUACUGCAAAGGUACUUCCCUUCCUCAUGCAAAUCUGGACUCUGGCUAAAAAGGGGAAAUCCUGUUCAGCGUCAUGUUUGCGCUGCAGGGUCAGUGGAAUGCCCAACGUAUGUGACGCAAACACUCACAGAUAAAAACGCCACCAACAGAAAUCUCUGCAGAACUGGUCGUUGGUUUUAACACUGCAGUGAUCGGAUCGUUAUCUCACCCAAGAAAGGUGGAGUACUUCAAGCAGUGAGGAUGAGGAUGCUGGGUCUUCAGGUGCUUGCCAUCUGUGUUUUCCUACAGGUGCCAGGAUGUUUCCCAUCAUGCCUCAUAAGGGGCUCUGUAGCCCACUGUGCCUACCGGAAUCUCGUAUCGGUUCCUGCUCUCCCUCCAAACAUCACCCACCUGUACCUGGAGAAAAAUCGCAUCGGUGAGAUUAACUCCAGCUCCCUGUCAGGUCUCGAGCAGCUGCAGGAGCUGGACCUGGGAGGACAGAAGGUGCCGCUUGUGAUCAGAAACAACUCCUUCAGCAGACAAAGUCGGCUGAGGAAGCUGGAUCUUGGCUACAACAAAGGCCUUCAGCUGGAGCCGCAGGCCUUCGUGGGGCUGUCCAGUUUGCAGACGCUCCACCUGUAUUACUGUUCACUUCAAGAGAACAUACUGAUGGACAGCUUUCUGCAGCCACUGUCCUCCUUAGAGACUCUCGACCUCUUUGGUAACCAUAUAAAGACACUCCAGCCUUCAAUGUUCUUUGCAAACAUGACUAAUUUGACAAAUCUGAAUCUCAAGCUGAACAAAAUUGACAAAAUAUGUGAAUCAGAUCUGGUUGGUUUCCAGGGAAAGCACUUCAAGGUCCUGAACUUGGACUCUGUUCACCUCAAAGCCAUGUCUGAGGAAAGUUUUGACUGGCAGAAAUGUGGGAAUCCUUUCAGAGGCAUGUCCUUUCAGAUGCUCUACCUGUCCAACAGCGGGUUGAGUGCGGUUAAUUUGAGGCAGUUUUUCAAAGCUAUUGAGGGGACAAAGAUCUCCUCUCUAAAACUGUCAGGACCAAUGGGUAAAGGAUUUUCAUUCAAUAAUCUCCCCGACCCAGACCGCACGACAUUUGAGGGCUUGAAGAACAGUUCAGUCCUCACUUUGGAUCUGUCUAAAAGCUUUAUAUUUGCACUGCAACAGGGGGUUUUUAGUCCACUGAAAGAAGCCGUAAACAUUGACCUUUCCCAAAACAAGGUGAAUCAGAUACACAGAAAUGCCUUUGAAGGUCUUCAGGGUCAUUUAAAAGAGCUCAACCUGUCACAUAACCUGCUCGGGGAAAUCUAUUCUUACACCUUUGCUUCUCUGACAAACCUGCAAGUGUUAGACUUGUCUCACAAUCACAUUGGUGUGCUGGGUUAUAAGUCAUUUAGUGGACUUCCCAGCCUGAAAUCACUGUUUCUGAGAGGAAACUCUCUGCAAGAAUUAGGUUUCCCUGCUUCUUUACCAAGUUUAGAUUAUCUCCUGUUGAAUGACAAUAAGCUGACGCCCUCAGCAGUGAGAAGCAUCACUUGGUUCGCGAGUAAUAUCAAGUAUCUGAACAUUAUGGAUAACAGAUUAACCGACCUGGCAGAUGUUUACACCUUUUUGAGUAAGCUGAAACGUCUCCAACAUCUCUUCUACGGCGGAAACACAAUCAGGUGGUGCACACUCAGUAGCCAAGAGUCAGCAAUUGGUCCGAAUAAUCUCCAGAUCCUGGAUCUACACAGCAGCUCCCUGCAGUAUGUUUGGUCUCAGGGCAAAUGUCUGAAUCUCUUUGACAAUCUUGGAAAUGUGACCACUCUCAGCUUGAGCUUCAAUGGACUGCAGUCGCUUCCUCAAGCCGUUUUCAAAGGUCUCACUUCAGUAGUUAAGAUGGACCUCUCUUCCAACACCCUGACAUAUCUUCAGCCUGACGCAUUACCCAAAAGUCUGAAAGUACUCAACCUCUCCAACAACUUCAUAGCCUCCCCAGACCCUGCUGCUUUCCACUCUCUAAGCUUCCUCGACCUAAACAUGAACCGAUUCCACUGCGACACUGACCUGAAGAGUUUUCUGAAUUGGCUCAACAGGACCAACAUAACCUUCAUGAGUCCUGUUCAGCAGCUCAGAUGUGAAUUUCCCUCUGGUUUCUAUAAUGUUCCUUUGUUAAAUUACUCCGCUCAGCUCACACAGCAGUAAAACCACUUAAAGGUCAUGUCCGUCAGAGUCUUAGCCAGUAAAAUGGUGCACUGGUGUCGUGUAUUGUUGAUAGGAGCAGUGCAUGUGGAUCAUGUUCUCUGUGUGAUCCAAAAGUGUCAGAAAUCUGAAAUGUAAGAAAAAUAAAAUCC